AUGCUGGCUUUCAAGCAGAAGAAGGAUCAUCAGGUCAGGAAAAGCGGAGGCAAGCGAAUUCUGAUCAAGAUAAACGUCGUCGGAAGCCCCGGACCCAUCCGUUUUGUGGUUAAUGAGGAGGAGGUGGUGGCUGCCGUCAUUGAAACCGCUCUCAAGUCCUACGCUCGUGAGGAUCGUCUUCCUGUUCUUGGCACCAAAUUCAGUGACUUCUUUCUGUAUACUCCAGUCGCCGGAACAGAAGCUUUGGGUCCAUGGGAGAUGAUCGGAACGUUCGGAGUGAGGAACUUCAUGUUAUGGAAGAAGCCUGGGCAGUCGGAGGGUGUGGCGGAGAUUACGCGGAAGAGGUCCGGCAGGUGGAAGUCAUGGCUCAGUAGAUCACUUAGUUUAAAAGCAAACCAAUAA